UGCUCCACUGACUGAGCCACCUAGGUGUCCCUUAAGAUUUUAUUUUUUAAGUAAUCUCUGUACCCAAGAUGGGGCUUGAACUCACAAUCCCAAGAUCAGGAGUCACGUGCCCUACUGACUGAGACAGCUGGGUGCUCCUGGCAGCUCCUUUUAGAUGAAAAAGCUUUUUUGCCCUCAGACCUUCCUGUGUGUGAGUGUGAGAAAUAAAAUGGUUUUGCAUUUUGAUUUUGCCUUUCUUCCUACAUAAUGCAGAAGUGUAGCUUUGACCCCAGGUGGCUUCGGUUUCACUCUCCUUCAGCUACUGGCCACCACAGGACUAAGGUCAUUUUAGUUUCGUGGAAUGGUUUUGGUGUCCACUUCCCCUCUCACCCCCUUCCAUUUUCUACCUCUUUGAAGAAGCUCAGCCCAAAUUAUGUUAAACCCAUUCAUAUUUCCAGUAAAUUGCUUUGCCUAGGGUACCCCCCUCCAGUUAGUUGCCACACAGCAGAGCCAGCUGAGUUAGAUUCUUUGAAGCCUAAAAGUUAAGGAAAAAUGGUUUGGCUUAGGCUCUUUGGCCCGUGGGAUGUCAGGGCUUGCAGGGGAAGAACUUGCUACCUGAUUUCAAACAUGUGCUGAGAAUGUGACACUUGGCAAAAAGUAAGGGGAGCCCAACAUUAUUGUUCCCUGGCAUGUCAGCUGGCAGUUCUACAAAGGGUUCUUUUUUAGCUGUACGUGGUUAGCGAUGACCUUAGUACAGGGCAUCUCCACUCCUAAUUUCAGCCUCCUAAGGGGACUUCAUUUUGGUAAAACAGCCAGGCUGGAAGUUUGAGCAGAUAACUUCUCUGCUGCAUGUCAUUCAUUUUUUUCAAGUGUUUAACCCCCUAUGGAUUAACCACUAGGGAUAUGGUGAGCAGACAGCCUUAUUUUCCGGGGCUUGCAGAUCAAACGCCUGGAAGUGGAUCAUGUGCCCUAUUAUCCUGCCUGAAUGCGGAUUAGGUGCCCUGCUGCCCUUCAUCCCGGGAAUACACUGUCAAGAGGUGCCUGUAUGUGCAAGUACUUCCUGAAGGAGUCCUAGCAAGACCUGAAGUUUUGCAGCGGGGGGGACCGGGGCCUUGAGGGCUGGGAAGGUCCCUUGAAGCCAAUGAUAAACAAAGAGGGCUGCUGGGAUCUGCAGAGCACGAUGGGAUGCACAUUUACCGAACUCUUCUGAAGUGCCAGGAGGUCUUAGUAGUAACACAUAUUAACUCCAUUUAAUAUUCAUGAUAACCUUAUGAAAUUUGGUACCACUAUUCAAUUUUAGAAGUCAGGAAACAGGGACAGAGAGGUAAAUAAAGUAACUUGCCCAAGUUUACACGCUGAGAAUCCGGGACUUAAGCUGAAAACAGACCUAUUCUUUCGGCCAACUGUUGAACAAAGAUCCUGAAGCAGAGGGUGUUUGGGGCUCCUGUGAGGAGGCCAAUUUUCUGGCAGGUGAGAAUGUAAGGAAGGCUGAAGCCCGCUUCGUGAAACCCUUGGGAAGACCUCCAAAAGGCAGUGACGUGGAAGAGUUUUUAGGAAGAUAAAUAUGGCCAGGUUGCAGAAUGAGUAAUAAGAGCGCCUCGUUGGCCGGCCACCAGCCUCUCAUCCUUCUGGUGUCCUUACAGUGGGAGGGAGCCUGGUGCGGUGGGUUUGCGGGCUGUUUCCGCAGCGGCGGCUCCCGAGUCGGGCUGAAGCCUGGCUCUGAGCCGGGGAGGAAGCAGCGAGAGGAAGCCGCUCCCGCCUUCCUAGAGAGGAGACCGCAGUGGUUCCGACCGGCGCGGGCUGCUGACGUCACGCCCGCCCGGCGUCCAGGCUGCCUGGGAGCGUCCCGACGCCGAGUGUCCAGACGUGUGGCGGGCGGUGCCGCGGACGGCACCGGGGGAGUUGAGUCGGCCGUGUCGGGCUGCGGUGAUCUCGUCGCGGCCCCACUCUCCGAGCCGGGGCCGGCCCCCCGCAGCGCCUCUUCCCGGCGCGCGGGAACCUUUGGAGCGGGGGUCGGGCACCGCCAGCGGGGGCCAGCUUGCCCUGAAGAGGGAAAGGAGAAGGCUGUUCCAGAGGCCUGGUCUGGGAGUCGGGAGACCCGGGUUCCAUUUGUAUGUACUUGAGGGAGGAAGCGAACUUCUGGGUGCGUCGCUUUUCUGGUUUCCAGAAGCGAGUGCUGUUCCUUGCUUUUCCAGUUGGCAGAGUUGCGUGGGUUGAAUGAGUAUAGAUACUAAAGCAAAUCACAGAUGAAACCAAGUGACUAGCUUCAGGUCAUUGAACAAGUUAGUGGCAGAGCCCAGACGAGAACCAGGCCAGUGUUUGUUAUAAUGUCCUCUACUGUAGCCCCAGUUUUUGGCUUUUGAAGUCAACGGCUUUUCCAAUUUCUGCCCUCCCUCAAGAGAAGGUUCCAGGAGACAAACCAGUGUCGCUUGUGUUCCUAACAGCUUAUCUCUGGGUUAUUGUGAUCUGUAUAUAUUAUUGAGAAGAGGAUAAAAUCAAGAUUCUACAAUGCAGGUCCCUUGUUCUGCACAGAGGACAUCUUCCUUCAUGAUUUUUUUUUUCAGGCAAGAAGACCAAGCCUGAUGUAACAAACAGUGUUAAGUGACUUGUGGAAGAUGACGAGGAUGUCGAGGGUCAGGGAACCUGGUCAUCAGGGGUUUACAAUCGGAGAAGGUAACGAUACAUGCCGGACAAGGAAGAGGAGGGGCAUCCUGCAGGAAUGCCUGGGAGUACAGUACAUGCACACAUACACACAGAACAUUCCCAGGACAGUGUUACUGUAACCAUAGUCAUCUUUGAGAAAGUACCUUGUAAGUAUCAUGAACUUGAGAGACAGUUUCCUGUAAACUGCACCUAUUGGACAGACGUUCCUUGAGUGCGUUACAAGCAGCACAAAUGCCCACCAAAUUUCACUGCAAAUGAACCAUCAGAAACUUAACAUGCAGAAGAAGCCUUCAAGGUGUAGUGAAUGUGGGAAAUUCUUUACUCAGAGAUCGUCUCUUACUCAGCACCAGAGGAUUCACACGGGAGAGAAGCCCUAUGUAUGUAGUGAAUGUGGAACUUGUUUCCGUAAACAGUCAAAUCUUACUCAACAUUUGAGAAUUCACACAGGAGAGAAACCUUAUAAAUGUAAUGAAUGUGAGAAAGCCUUUCAAACAAAAGCAAUCCUUGUUCAGCAUCUGAGAAUUCAUACUGGAGAGAAACCCUAUAAGUGCACUGAAUGUGGCAAAGCUUUUUGUCAGAGCCCUUCCCUUAUCAAACAUCUGCGCAUUCAUACUGGAGAGAAACCUUAUAAAUGCACUGAAUGUGGCAAAGCCUUCAGUCAGAGCAUUUGCCUUACUCGUCAUCAGAGAAGUCACUCUGGAGUUAAACCUUAUAAGUGUAAUGAAUGUGGGAAAGCCUUUAAUCAGAGUGCAUGCCUCAUGCAGCAUCAGAGAAUUCACUCAGGAGAGAAGCCCUACACAUGUACUGAAUGUGGCAAAGCCUUCACUCAGAACUCUUCCCUUGUUGAACAUGAGAGAACUCACACUGGAGAGAAACUUUAUAAGUGUAGUGAGUGUGAAAAAACUUUCCGCAAGCAAGCACACCUUAGUGAACAUUACAGAAUCCAUACUGGAGAAAAACCUUAUGAGUGUGUUGAAUGUGGGAAAUCCUUCAGGCACAGCUCAGCACUUGUUCGACACCAGAGGCUUCAUGCUGGAGAAUAAAACUUGGGAUAUAAACCAUGUGGAAAGAUUUGUAUGAAAAUGCCACCCCCCACCUCCAAAUUCUUAGAUAUUGAAGACUAAGUCUUCAGCUGGGAUGAAUGUUCUAUAUGUUGAGCAAGAGGCAGUGUGUCCUGAAAGUUAAGAAAAUAGAUCAGAAUUAGAUAGUCUUUUUUUUUUCAACGUUUAUUUUAUUUUUGGGACAGAGAGAAACAGAGCAUGAACGGGGGAGGGGCAGAGAGAGAGGGAGACACAGAAUCGGAAACAGGCUCCAGGCUCCGAGCCAUCAGCCCAGAGCCUGACGCGGGGCUUGAACUCACGGACCGCGAGAUCGUGACCUGGCUGAAGUCGGACGCUUAACCGACUGCGCCACCCAGGCGCCCCGAAUUAGAUAGUCUUGAGUUUGAUGCCUUCUCUGCCACAUAAUGGGUGUACGACCUGAUUCUGAGCCUGCUUUCCCCAUCCUCAAAAGAAUAAUGACGAUAUUUACUAGGGUUAUCUUUAAAACUUUUUUUUUAACGUUUAUUUAUUUUUGAGACAGAGAGAGACAGAGCAUGAACGGGGGAGGCUCAGAGAGGGAGACACAGAAUCUGAAACAGGCUCCAGGCUCUGAGCUGUCAGCACAGAGCCCGACACGGGGCUCGAACUCACGGACCGCGAGAUCAUGACCUGAGCCGAAGUCGGCCGCUUAACCGACUGAGCCACCCAGGCGCCCCUACUAGGGUUAUCUUGAGAAUAAAAUGAGUUGUAUGUAAUAAAUAACUUCCAUUAAUUGGUUUUGAGUUAUAGAUGUUCCAAAAAUAUUUAAAUCUGGCUACUGAAAACAAGCAAUGUUCAGCAUUACCGUU